AUGGACGCCACCUCGAUCCGUGGCUGCUUUGCAGUCUCUGCAGCAGACGGUGAGCGGAUUUCGCGAGCGUUUGCGGCUGCGCUUGUGGAACAUGGCCAUGUGUUGGAUGAGGAUGAGGCCGUGCUGAGCGAACUCUGUGAGCUCCCGUUGUCGUACCAGGGCUUUGUGGCUCGGCUGCUCCUGAGGUUCUCCUCGGCUCGCUCCGUCGAGGUCGACGCCACCCUCCGGCAUCUCUUUGCCAACGUGGCCGACAUUACCGAGCUGUUUGAGUUUUGGGAGACAGAGGCGUUCUCCAAGAACGAGACCAGACAACUUCUGAGACUCCUCGAACAGCUCUGCGCAGAGAACGCCUCGGUCGUCGCCUCGAUGCAAGAGUGGAAGGAUCGCCUUGUCGGCGAGCACGGAGAGGAGGAUCUGGCCACCCUGUUCUGGGACAAGCUCGACGACGACGAGUACGACCGCCACGGUGGGGCCCACAGGCUUGGUCUUGUCGAUGCCGGUGGGAGUUCGUGGUGGCUUGCUGGUGAUGGCGACGAGGCCGGUGAGGCCGGCGCAUCAGGCGCCGCCCGCGCCCGCCGCCAUGGCGCCACCGCCUACGACUAUCAGCUGGCGCACCGGCGCGAGAUCGACAAGUACCUGCACUCCAUUGCAGUCAAGCGAGUGUACUAUCCCAACUACGAAAAGGUGGUCGAGCUCGGGCGCUCGGCGCUCGGCCGCGAGACUCUCGGCUACGACCUCAACAAGGACUUUGAGGUCCACGUCCUCACCAUCCGGCUCCCGUGCAGGUCGUCGAGCCUGAUUCGCAAGCUCUGCAACCGCGUCGAGGCCCUGCGUCAGCUCGCUUUCUCGCCACACUUUAUCGACUAUCGCGGCGCCGACGAAGACGGCAUCGCCGAGCCAGCGCCCGGCGAGGAGCCGUUUGGCCCACAGGGCGCUGUCCUGCACUUUUUCGAGCACGUCCCGGUGGCCAUGCGGCUGACCGAGCUCGUAGCCAAGUACGGCACGCUCUCAGGAACGCAGUACGUGAUGCGGGUCUGGUGCCGCUCGCUGCUCACUGCACUGAUGGACAUUCUCUACAUGUGCACCCUCCGCCUCGCUGCCGUCCCCACCGUCCACAACGUCCACAUCGCUGACGAUGGCCUCCGCAUCCUGCUGUUUGACCUCGAGUGGCUCUCGGACCGGCCCCAAGGCAAGAGCUACCACACGUCGCUCGAGGACGAGCUGGUCAAGGCCUUUGGCCGCAUGGUCUUCUACAUGCUCACCGCUACCGACCCCAUCAACGCCGCCGACCCGCAUGCCAUGCCCUCAAUCCCGCUCGAGCCGUUCCUCCGCGGCAUCCUCCGGUGCUGCCUUCACACCGCCCGCCGCCCGCGGCUCGUCGAUCUUAUCAACCACCCGUUCUUCCAUGACGCCGCCACUUUUGCCGACGCCGACGUUGCUGGCGAGUACCGGGCGCUCAUCCACCGCGACGGGCCACCGCUCUGAGGCUCAAGAGCCCGCUCCACCGCUUCAUCUUCCUCUUCUGAGCGAGGCGCAAACAGUUUAAUGCCGAGCGUGCCGGGACGGGCGCGGGCCGCAGCGGACCGCGCCUCCGCCCUGCACGGCCGCUAGCUCAAUUGCUCCAGAUGUGGAUACGGCCACUGUUGUCGCCGGUCACAAUCUCGUUGCGCUCCUCGUUAUAGAAGAGGGCAGUGACAUCGUCGAGGGCGGCCGCCUGGGCGGCGGGCCCGGCGCGGUCGUCAGACUCUGCAGCGGGCGAGAGGCCAUCCUCGGGCGCAAUCUUGCCGAUCGAGGCGCCGGUGAAGAUGUCCGAGACGUUGAUGGAGCCCUUGGCGUUUCCGUGCUGCUUGCAGUACGAGAUGAUGGUGUCCUGCCGCGAGUUGAUGUAGAUGUUGUUGGUGUGCGUGUCGAGGAACUGCAGCCGGUGGUCGUCAAACUUGGUCACCAGCUCGCCGCGGAAGUUCCACACUGCAAUGGACGACUGGAGAAAAGUGAGGAAGAGGUGGCAGUCGUAGAGGAAGAUAAAGGCCUUGGGC